AUGCAUCCUAGCGCUCUUGUCGGCCUCUUGGCCUUCGCUGCCGCUGCGUCGGCCAUUCCCUCUGGCCCUCACCGGGCUCAUUCGUCUUCUUCCAUUCAGAAUUUGAAGUCAAAGAUCAAGAAUGUCGUUGUUCUUACUAUGGAAAACCGCUCCCUGGACAACCUCUUGGGUGGUCAGAAGCAUAAGGGCAUAGAGAACCCCACCAACAAUGGCCCUUUCUGCAACCCAUACAAUGUGACCGAUCCGUCUCAGGGCCACCAUUGUGCCGCCCCGAGAGAUUACAAUUCGGUGACCAAUGACCCUAGCCACGCCGUCACUGGCAACACCAUGGAGUUCUUUGGCACCUGGACCCCCGACAAUGCCUUGAUUGCCUCCGGUAAGUUGGUCGCGAACAACAACGGGUUCAUCCACGAGCAAAUUCACAACUACGGCUCGUCUACCAACGUGUCUAAACUGGCCGAGGAAGUCAUGAACUACUACACCGAGGAGGAGGUUCCUGUUAUGACCUCACUAGUCCAGAACUUCUUGACUUUUAACCACUGGCACUCUGACGUCGCUGGGCCUACUGACCCCAACCGCUUCGCCAUUGUUGCUGGCACUUCUGCUGGUCAUGGUACUAAUGAUGCAACCUUUGGGACGUAUGCGUUUAGCCAGCGCUCUAUCUUCCAGGCAGUGGACGAAACCAACCACACUUGGCUCAACUAUUGGGACACCGCUGGCGGCACUGGUCCUGAGAGCCACUGGUUCUCCUGGACCAAAGAAACCAACAACACCGACAAGGUUGUGCCAAUUGGUCAAUUCUAUACCGACGCGGCUAACGGGAAUCUGCCCGAGUUCUCUUACCUGAACCCCUCCUGCUGUGGGGUUGGCACCACCUCAAUGCACGACAGCGGUCUGAUCUCUGAUGGUGAAGCCUUUAUCAAGAAGGUCUACGACGCGCUCCGUAGCGGCCCUCAGUGGGAGGAAUCUCUCUUCAUCCUGACGUUUGAUGAGAGUGGUGGCUUCCAUGACCAUGUUCCUCCCCCUCUUGCUACUCGCCCCGACAACCUUACCUAUACUGAGAAAGCGCCAAAUGGGGAGACCUACACGUAUGAGUUCAAUCGCCUUGGUGGCCGUAUCCCGACUCUCCUUAUAUCUCCGUGGGUCAGCAAGGGAUUUGUUGAGCAAAAGGGUACCAACAAUCAGGGGGAAACGGUGUCCUACUCCGCCAGUUCCAUCCUCCGCACCCUUGGUUACCUCUGGGACUUUGAGGCAUUCACUCCUCGUGUUGAAGACUCUGCCUCGUGGGAUCAUCUGAUCCAGACCCACCUUCGCAAGGACACCCCCUCUGCACUUCCCAGUCCUGCUACGUUUACGAAGUAA